GCUUGUCCUCCAUAUAUGCUACGGCAUCACUUGACCUAUCUACUUUGUUGCAUGAUCUAGACUUUACUGUUUGGGAUAAGCGAUGGUUACAUCCUCCCUACUGACAGCGGCCGGCAACGUUGGGGCGAAGAGGGCCAAGAACCGCCGUCUUACAGAAACCAAUCUUCCAUACCGGCAUCCGCGGACACCUCGACCCUACGUGCGCUGCUACAACAUGCUCAAUCUCCAGAUGCCAGGCUUUGGUACGUAGCCAAAUGCGUAGGUGCACUACUUCCUGUACAAUUGCGCCAUCGCUUCGUGGCGUAUCUCGCCGGACCAUCUAUUUAAGACUUCCUUU